UGCUGCUGCCGAGCGGAUCCUCGGGGAUGUCGACAGCCAAGGAGGAAGAGGACAACAUCUAUAUCUGAAACGGCUGGCAACACCGCUCUGAAAACUGAACACCUGCACCCCGUUUCCUCGCCCUCGCUCCUCCUGUCACCUCUGCUCUCGUCUGGCUGGAAGAGAAGUUCAGGAGCGUCCUCAGGGCUCGGGUCCGGACGACCUCUGACCCCCUCUCAUUGCCCCUCCCCCUCCUCCUCUCCCUGCCAUGUCCAACGACAGCGGCCUCCUCGCCGCCUGGGAGGCCACCGAUUGGGCGAACACCUCUCAGUGCCCGCCCUCGGUGGGCGGGGCGACCUUUCUGAUCGUGGCGUACAGCGCCGUCAUUGCCAUCGGGCUGCUGGGCAACGCCGGCCUCGUGUUCAUCAUCGCCCGGCAACAGGAGCUGCGCAACGUCACCAACAUCCUGAUCGCCAACCUGUCGUGCUCCGACAUCCUCAUGUGCGUUGUGUGUCUUCCUGUCACCGUCAUAUACACACUGAUGGACCGCUGGGUGCUGGGGGAGGCCCUGUGCAAGGUGACUCCGUUCGUUCAGUGCAUGUCAGUGACGGUCUCCGUCUUCUCGCUGGUGCUGAUCGCUCUGGAGCGCCACCAGCUGAUCCUGCACCCCACCGGCUGGUCCCCGGCCGCCGGGCACUCCUACCUGGCUGUGGGGCUGACGUGGCUAGUGGCCUGCUUCAUCUCUCUGCCCUUCCUCUCCUUCAACAUCCUCACUAAUGACCCCUUCCAGAACAUCAGCCUGCCCGCCAACCCCUUCAGGGACCAUCUGAUCUGUAUGGAGCUGUGGCCAUCAGAUAAGCAUCGUCUGGCCUACACCACCUCCCUGCUGCUCUUCCAGUACUGCCUGCCUCUGCUUCUGGUGCUGCUCUGCUACCUCAGGAUCUUCCUCCGCCUGAGGCGCCGCAGGGACAUGCUGGAGCGCAGCAGGAGGACUCAGGGAGCCCAGAGGAUUAACGCCAUGCUGUUAGCCAUCGUCGUGGCAUUCGCUCUGUGCUGGCUGCCGCUGAACGUCUUCAACACGCUGUUUGACUGGCACCACCAGGCGCUACCCGACUGCCAGCACGACGCCGUCUUCUCAGCCUGCCACCUCACAGCGAUGGCAUCCACCUGCAUUAACCCCGUGGUUUACGGCUUCCUCAACAGUAACUUCCAGAGGGAGCUGAAGCUGACACUGCAGCGCUGCCAGUGCGGCAGUCGGGCGCCGGAGAGCUACGAGAGCUUCCCUCUGUCCACCGUGGGCAGCGAGGGCAUGACAAAAGCUACGUCCUUCAACAGGAUGGGAUCAGUGUGCGUUCCCUCGCCCAGACCUGAGAUCAGCUCUGUAAUACCAGCGAAAACAAUACCAGCUAACACCUAAUAAUGAGCACCAAACUCUUUUCUGACAAGUAGCUCGCAGGCAAAGUGUGAGCAGCUGACAGCUGGAACAGUGUGUAACAAGCUGUCUGAGACCUCUGAGUCAAAUACUUCUCCAACUUUCACUUCCCUUAACUUUCCUGCAGCAGUGAAACAGUUUAUAUUCCUCACUGAGUGCUCAGGGGCAGGAAAGUUUGGAUGGAGCUUGGCUGAUGUAACUUCAAGUCAGAACACGAGAAUCAAAAAUGUUGUAAAUGGACUCUGCUGACGGACACGGAGAGGAAGCAGAAGAAGAGUUGGUGGAACUUGCUGGUCUUUGAUCUCUGCAAUUUAGAAUGCAAUUCUAGAAUUUUGGAACAUUCUAGAACUCUCGA